GUCGCAAACAAACAGUGGGCCAAAUCUCAGUGUCUCUCUAUUUCCCUCCUUUAGAAGGCCGUUUGGGAUCUGUCACACUGAUCUGGAACAUUAGCUACCAGCUAAAUACAUACUGGAUAACUUGUUCUGUUAUACAACCUGAGUAAGAAUUGCCUGCCAGGAAUACUGGGAUGAGAAAAGGAAGAAUCUAAAAGGUACACAUGAUUCACUGGGCCAAGGAAAACAUCAGGACAGGAACCAGGACUUUGGAGGCCUGUGACGAGUGGAGGAAUAGCAGCGUCACACAGAAUGACAACACAUUGAUUUACCUGAGCUAGACAAUCAGGAAGACACAGAGGAAUUAAGUGAUUGCGCUGAAAUAGUGGGUAAUUUUGGAACAGAGUGGUGAACUGAAGAGGAAGGUCGUGCAGCAGCCUGUUCUGGUUCCUUUGCUCAUAUAAAUCAGACUUUUAUUUGGGCCUAGUGUGGCCUCCUGAAGCAGUGACCAGAACCAUGAAGCUGUCAGGGAAUGUGCUGCAUCUGGACUCCACAGACUACAGCACCACCCUUGAUCCUUCCUACACCAUGCUGGAGUUUGACAACCUUAGGGUGUUUCCUGUAGAGACAGAGUUGAUGAUGCCGGAGCCUGCCCCUCUGCUGCCACAGACCAAUGGGAGCGUGUGUUCCAUAUGUGCAGACAGGGCCACAGGUAAACACUACGGUGCUUCCAGCUGUGACGGCUGCAAGGGCUUCUUCAGGAGGAGCGUCAGGAAGAACCACGCCUACACCUGCAGGUUCAGCAGGCAAUGUGUUGUGGACAAAGACAAGAGGAACCAAUGCCGUUACUGCAGGCUUCGGAAAUGUUUCCGAGCAGGCAUGAGAAAGGAAGCUGUGCAGAACGAGCGGGACCGCAUCAGCCGCAGAGGAGAGGGACAGGGGUUGGGCACUCUGUCAAUCAGUGUACUGUUACAGGCAGAGGCCAGCAUGCAUCAGUUUCCAGCCCUGACCUCCCCUAUGAGCUGUGACAUCAACACCAAGAAGAUCGCGCUCGUGGGGGACGUGUGUGAGUCCAUGAAGCAGCAGCUCCUCCUGCUGGUGCAGUGGGCCAAGCGCAUCCCCGAGUUCUGCAGCCUCCCCGUUGACGACAGGGUAUCCCUGUUACGAGCCCACUCUGCUGAACACCUCAUCCUAGGGGUGGCUCGACGCUCCCUGCCUUACAAUGACAUUAUCCUUCUGGGUAAUUACUUUGUGAUCCCAGUGAGCGGUCCUGAGGUGGAGGUGUCCAGGGUGGCUGCCCGGAUCCUGGAGGAGCUGGUCAAGCCUCUGAGAGAGCUGGACAUCACCGACAGCGAGUUUGCCUGCCUUAAAACCAUAGUCUUCUUCAGUCCUGACUGCCCAGGGCUGGAGGCCCCUCAGACAGUGCGUCGGCUGCGUUUCCAGGCCCAGGUGCUGCUGGACGAGGCCACCUGUGAACAGCGGGGGCGUUUUGGAGAGCUGCUGCUGAUGCUGACCCCCCUGCAGAGUGUGGCCUGGCAGAUGGUGGAGACCCUGCAGCUGGCCAGGCUCCUGGGGGAGCCCAGCGUGGACAGCCUGCUGCAGGAGAUGCUGCUGGGGGAGGGGGCCACUGGGGGCCUGAGACAACGCACAGGGCACGGUACACUCCAGAGGGGAGAUACUUACAGUCCUAACUCAAAUGUAAUGGCGUUCCCCCAACCCCAAGAUCACACCUUGUCUCAGGACCUAUUCGGAGGCCAUGUCGGGUUGCCUAGCAACUUCACAUCAGUCAUCCUACCUGUUCCUAGCUCUCUGCCAGUGGUGCCUCUGGUGCCCACACAGACUGGCACUGAGGUGUACAGACAUGGAGAGGGGGCAGACAUGCCCAUAGAGUCUGCCCACAGCAUGCCCAUGGCUCCUGUCCACACCUGCCUCUGAGAAGCAGACCAAGCAGCAGCAGCUACUAUACAGAGGAGAAAAAAGCUGUGUGGUCUAAACAUGCACGCGCACACACACACACACACACACACACACACACACACACAUCUAAUCCGCGUUUGGUUUGAGUAAAAUGUUUUUU